AUGGGUCAUGAUUUAAAUGAAGCCAAAAAAAGUUUCGAAAAAAGCUCAACACAGUUCGUGGAGAAGAAGGAUCCGAAAAGGUGAGUUGCUGUUGCCUUCCUACGAAACAACGCCGACAUCUUUCAGUAUUCUGCCUCAAAAAGGGAAACGGAAUAUUCUGAUCACAGCGGCGUUGCCCUACGUUAACAACGUGCCUCAUCUCGGAAACAUCAUCGGAUGCGUGCUCAGUGCUGAUGUCUUCGCCCGGUACUGCAAUCUACGUGGCCAUCAGACGUUCUAUAUCGGAGGAACUGACGAAUACGGAACGGCGACAGAGACAAAGGCUCUGCAGGAAGGAUGCACUCCACGAGAGCUUUGCGACAAGUAUCAUGCUAUUCACAAAGGAAUCUACGAGUGGUUCGGAAUCGACUUCACCCACUUUGGAAGAACUACGACUGGACAGCAGACAGAGUGAGAUCUUGACGGCUUGGUGAAAGAUUUCCAGAAAUGUUGUUGCUUUAUAGAAUCUGCCAAGACAUGUUCCUGAAGCUGCAUGAGAACGGAUUCACGUCAACUCAAUCGGUCGAUCAGCUCUUCUGCAACAAGUGUGACAAGUUCCUCGCCGAUCGUUUCGUCACCGGAACCUGCCCAAUGUGCGCAUAUGACGACGCCAGAGGAGAUCAGUGUGACGGAUGUGGAAAGUUGAUCAACGCGGUCGAACUGAAGGACGCGAAGUGUCACAUGUGCAAAGGACCUCCAGAAGUGAAACAAUCGACGCACAUCUUCCUCUCGCUCGACAAGCUCCAGCAGAAAACCACCGAUCAUUUGGACAAAGAACUGGCCAAAGAGGAUAACCGUUGGUCGGCGAACGCUGUCGGAAUCACGAGAGCCUGGAUGAAACUGGGACUUGAUCCUCGAUGCAUUACGAGAGAUCUCAAGUGGGGAACUCCCGUUCCAUUGGACGGAUUCGAGAAUAAGGUGUUCUAUGUCUGGUUCGACGCCCCCAUCGGCUACCUUUCCAUCACGAAAUGCGUGCUCGGAGACGACUGGACGAAAUGGUGGAAGAAUCCGGACAAUGUGGAACUGUACAACUUUGUCGGAAAGGAUAACGUCGCUUUCCACGCUGUCAUGUUCCCGUGCUCUCAACUCGGAGCCAAUGACAACUACACCGUCGUCAACAAUCUGUGUGCCACUGAAUAUCUGAACUACGAAGACACGAAAUUCAGCAAAUCGCGCGGAACUGGAAUCUUCGGAGACGCCGCCCAGGGAACUGGCAUUCCCGCCGACAUCUGGAGAUUCUACCUUCUGUACAUGAGACCGGAAAGCCAGGACACUGCAUUCAGUUGGGACGAUUUCGUGCUCAAAGUGAACAGUGAACUGCUCAACAAUCUCGGAAACUUCAUCAACCGAGCUCUUUCCUUCGUCGCCAACUCGUUCGAUGGAGUCAUUCCGAAAAUGGAACUGACAGAAGCGGAUGCCGAAGUGCUCGCCGAUAUUCACGAAGAAUGUCUGGCAUGGGACAAGCAGUUCGACGGAGUUCAUCUGAAAGAUGCCGUCAAGACUAUUCUGAAUGUUUCUCGGCGCGGAAACCAGUACAUGCAGGCCCAGACGCCGUGGGUGCUCAUGAAGGGAGACGAAGCGACCAAGAAGAGAGCUGGAACCAUCAUCGGAGUUGCUGCGAACAUUGCUUACCAUCUGUCGAUUCUCCUCUACCCGGUCAUGCCCACCAUUUCUGCCACGAUCCGGGAACAGUGCGGACUUCCAAAGCUUCCCCUCUUCACUCCUUUCCCUAUUAGAUACUUGAAAGCAGGACACAAAAUUGGAAAACCGGCGCCUCUCUUCCAAAAGCUGGAUUCUGCCCAAAUUGCUGAAUUCAAGGCCAAGUUCGGAGGAUCUCAGGAUGCUCAGAAUGCUGCCCCGAAAGCAGCUGAGAAGCCGAAGCAACAGAAGAAGCAGGCGGCAAAAGAGGGUAAGCAGGCACGGGUACCUUCCCAGUAAAAGCUAAUAAUCGGUGUAGUGUGUUUAUGCAAAUCGGUGUUCUCGUCAAGCUUGUCUCUGUGCUUGGGAUAGUCAUCUUUUGAUUUUUAGGUGAAGAGUGACGGAGGUGGUUUUGCUGAUGAGAAAGAAAUCAAAACAAGACGGACGAGUUGGGGCACCGAAAGUCGCAUACACACACUACGCCAACUCAUUUGGACCGCAUGCUGACUGUCCCUUUCUUUUAUCUGCUCUAAUUGUAUUCCUUCUCUUUUUCUCUCAUUACCGUCGUAUUCCGCUCAAUCUCCUAAAACCUCCUCAUCUUCAAUGCAUUCUCAUUUCAGACGGUGACAAGAAGACAAAGAAAAUGGCAUCGACUGCGGCUCUGACGGAACUCGAACAAGGAGCCAAAGUGAUCUCCCAACUGCUCGCCCAGAACGUCAAGAAGUUUGAGCAAGCUAGUGAGAAACUCAAUAUAAAUAUCAAAUGCGAACAUGUAUAUUUCAGAGGCUCUCUUCCAACGCAAUCAGGUGCAGAAGCUGACAGAGGAGAACAAGCAGCUCCUGCUCGACAUCAAGUCCCUCCAACACCAACUUGUUCAACUGGAGAUUGCUGGAGGAAUCAAGCAGAUCCCGAAGCCAGUCGUCUCGUCCACUCCAACUCCAACCUCCACUCCCGCUUCCGGAAUCAUUGCCGAAGCCCCGCAAGCUGAAGCUCCGGUCGCUGCUCCAGCUGCUCAGCCGAAGAAAGCUAAGGAGCAAAAGAAAGGAAAGGGCGGCGGAGCUGCGGCUGUUGCUCCAGUCGACGAUGCCAUUGACAUCGGAAGACUCGAUCUUCGCGUCGGAAGGAUCAUCAAGUGCGAGAAGCAUCCGGAUGCCGAUGCCCUUUACGUCGAACAAAUCGAUGUGGGAGAGCCUGCUCCGCGAACUGUCGUCUCCGGACUCGUCAGACACGUUCCGCUCGAUCAGAUGCAGAACAGACUCGUCGUCGUGAUGUGCAAUCUGAAGCCAGCCAAGAUGCGCGGAGUCGAGUCGCGCGCCAUGGUGAUGUGCGCGUCAACUCCCGAGAAGGUUGAGAUUAUGGAGGUGGGAGCGGACAGCAAACCAGGAACUCCGGUUCUCUGUCCUCCAUACGUUCACCGACCAGACGAGCAACUGAAUCCUAAGAAGAAGGUGAGAGUUGAAUGAAAUGGGGGGAAAUCAAAAACUGUUCUGCAGAUCUGGGAAACCGUCGCUGAGGAUCUGAAGGUGUCCGCCGAUGGAUUCGCCGAGUGGAAGGGACAGCCUCUUCUGGUCGGAGGAGCCUCCAAAAUGACCGCCCCGACGCUCCGUGGAUGUCACGUCAAGUAA